AUGAAGAUACCUAUAGAAAUCAGAACAGAAAUUGCAAGUUACGUGCCAAAUCCUUUUUUUCUUGGGCGCUGCUCGCACGAUUGGUACAGUAUCGUGAAUUUCCCAUAUACCAAAUAUAAAUGGCUUCUCAAUAAAUAUGGCCGCAUUCAUGCAUUGUUUCACGCUGUGAGAAUUGGAGAACCCUUCCUCAAUCUUGAGUUGACUGAGUUUAUACUAAAGAAUACUCAUAUAAGUCGAUACUUUAUUCAACGACUCAGACUUGGUUAUGGCAAACAUGGUUUGUGGGGUAGUAAUAUUUCCGACGAUGUAUACGAGCGUAUUCUUAAUUAUAAGGAGAAAUAUGCAAGCAGCAGCUGUGAUGACAUGCAGUCAAUCCGUCAAGUAUUAGAAGGAAUGGGAAGCGAAGACGACAUCAAACCGAUAAUUGAAAUAUAUGGCUUCACACCUUUUCCGCUUAGUCCAACUUUCCGAACAUAUAUAUUCGAAAAUUCUGAUAAUCUGCAUUCAAACGGGAUCGUGGCCAAGGCAAUAAUCACUUAUCCAAAUUUGCUGAACGCCUGGAGGAGGAUAGGCUACUACGAAGUAACCACGGACUUGGAAAACCCUGUUUUGCAACUUACCCUAUUAGAUCUUUACUCUAUAAGUGUUCCUUCAGCUCAAGUGGUUUCUGAAAAACUACACAAUUUACAAUUAAUUGGAUUUCAAUUGACUGAUACUUUGUUGGGAAAUGCUAUGCUUCUAUUCAAACGGAGGCUUGUCGAUGUCGGAGAGAGUCUUAUUGAGGGUUUUUCUAUUGCUCGGAAAAUGUCCAAGACGGAUAUACUUGAUAUAUGCUUGAUAGAAUUGCUUGAUCCGACAAGAAAUCUUGAAUACGUUGAUGCGCUUGAUUAUAUAAUCAAAUCCGUUAACGAUCCCGAAAAGCAAAUUCUCUCUGCAUUUGAAAAGCACAGAAUUGUCGAAGACGAAAAUGACCCAAUGCCUUUCCAAUCUCACACGUCUUUGAAAUACUCACUUGUAGUAUAUCGAUACAUGUUAAGAUUUGGUGCAGCAAAGUCUCCGGUUGUUAGAUAUUUGAUGAAAGAAAUUAUUAUUGCGCAUACGCAGAUCACCAAUACAGAAGAACUAGGAGAUGCAGAUACUAUCUUGGACGAAUACUAUGCUGCAAAUGUACCUUUUGAACAUUCGCUUUUGCCACUCUUCAAAAAGUGUCCGCGCGCAAAACCAAUUAUUUAUUUAUUUAAAGGAUAUCUGGCAAAGCUGUUCGAAUUUGAAGUCCGAGAGUACCCAUAUUUGACAUUCGAAAUUCCAGAUGUAGAUGUACUUACAUCACCCGCGCAAACGAAAGAGCUGCAGCAACUUUGGCUAAAGGACAUUCAAAAAUGCAUUAAAUUCGAAGAGUUAGUAAAUGACGAAUUUAAAAAGCAAAUUAUAGGGUUUUUUACCAUUUAUAAUUUAACGCACAGCAGUUUUGACUAUUAUUAUGAUAAUUUUGGUAGAUAG